AUGAAAACAUUUACUUUAUAUUUAAAAUUUUUUAUAUUUCUUCUUUUAAUUUGGAUAUUCCAUUGCUUUUAUAACUAUGAUUCCAGUAAGUCUUUGGUUAAUAAAGAUAAAUUACAAACAAAAAUUGGGUUAAAACACGAAAGAACGUUAGCAGAGGUUGAUAUAUCAGAAAAAAAAUCAUCUUAUAUUGAUAAACAUACAGAACAUUAUACAUCUGGUGAUAUGGAUAUUAGACUUGAUGAGAUGGUUUAUUUAAUAGGCAUGUAUUUUAAAUGUUAUAACGCUAAUAUUAAAAAAGACCAUGCAAUAGAUGCUUUUUUUAAGGAAGAAAAUAAAAUGAUAUAUAAAUGUAGAGAUAAAAUAUUGAAUGCUUAUCGAAAUAUUAUUUUAUCCUUAAUGGAAUUAGAAGCUUUUAACGGACUCAUUAGUAUCGUAUUAGGAAUGAAAAAAGAAAAAAAUUAA